AUGCUAUCUCACGCCGACCUCCUGGACGCCAGGCUAGGUAUGAAAGAUGCCGCCGAGCUUUUGGGACACCGGGAGGCGGUGAAGUGUCGGCUGGGCGUGGGGGGCUCCGACCCUGGGGGUCAUCCGGGAGACCUGGCCCCCAACUCGGACACGGUAGAGGGAGCAACACUUCUCCCGGGAGAGGACAUCACCACGGUGGGCUCUAACACGGCCUCACUGGCGGUCAACGCCAAGGACCCGGACAAACAGCCGGGGCCACAGGGCGGGCAGAACCCCAGUCAGGCUGGACAGCAGCAAGGGCAGCAGAAACAGAAGCGCCACCGCACUCGUUUCACCCCCGCGCAGCUCAACGAGCUGGAGAGGAGCUUCGCUAAGACUCAUUACCCGGAUAUCUUCAUGAGGGAGGAGCUGGCCCUGCGAAUCGGCCUCACCGAAUCCCGAGUACAGGUAUGGUUCCAGAACCGCCGCGCCAAGUGGAAGAAGCGCAAGAAGACGACGAACGUUUUCCGGGCUCCCGGAACGCUGCUGCCCACGCCGGGCCUGCCGCAGUUCCCCUCGGCCGCCGCGGCCGCCGCAGCCGCAAUGGGGGACAGCCUGUGUUCCUUCCACGCCAAUGACACCCGCUGGGCAGCGGCUGCUAUGCCGGGCGUGUCUCAGCUGCCGCUGCCGCCCGCGCUGGGCAGGCAGCAGGCCAUGGCGCAGUCUCUGUCUCAGUGCAGUCUGGCGGCCGGGCCUCCGCCCAACUCCAUGGGCCUGUCCAACAGCCUGGCGGGUUCCAACGGCGCCGGGCUGCAGUCUCACCUCUACCAGCCCGCCUUUCCCGGUAUGGUACCCGCCUCCUUACCCGGCCCGAGCAAUGUCACGGGCUCGCCCCAGCUCUGCAGCUCCCCGGACAGCAGCGACGUGUGGCGGGGCACAAGCAUCGCGUCCCUUCGCCGCAAAGCACUAGAGCACACAGUGUCCAUGAGCUUCACCUAA